AUGGCAAAUGAAAAGUUUGGUGCUUUAGUAAUCGGUAUUUCCGAUCUAAAAUUGAGUAAAAAAGACGUUGUGAGAAUGGUUACAGCUUUUCAUGCCGACAAAAACAUCUUACUGUAUCAUCAUCAGAUUUUGACGAGCAACCUCUCAUUCAUAUUAGCUAACUAUUUCAUGGGACUCUAUUUUCUGAUGAUCAGAAAGGCAGAAAUCAACACAACAAAAUAUCUUAAGAUGUCCUAUCCGAAAGAAAUUAUCUUUCCAGUAAUUAACAAAUCAGUCGUUCGACGUCUACUGCUUCGGAACAACACAAAAACGGAUUUUGCUGUAAAACUUAAAUUCUUCGCCAUAAUGUCUCCCAUAACUAUAUUAUUAUCUCCAACACAUGCACAUAAUUAA